AUGGACGAGGACCAGUUCCCGCAGGAGGACAUCGAGAACCUGGUCAAGAACGCGAUCUCCGCGUGCCUCAGCGAGUUCCAGUACCAGGCCAAGCUCGUGAACAACAAGAUCCACGCGAUCGUCGACGCCUGCCUCAAGGAGCUCCAGACGCUGAACCGGCCCUUCAAAUACAUCGUCACGUGCAUCAUCAUGCAGAAGAACGGCGCGGGCCUCGACACGGGCGCGGCGCUUUUCUGGGACAACGCGAAGGACGGCCUCGUGUGCAUACCGUGGGAGAACUCGCAGAUGAGCGUCGUCGUCACGGUCUUCGGCACGGCCCUCAACGUCGACAACCUCGCGGAGCUCGACUAG